UUCUUCAUCUCCUUGUUGUUGUUGUUGUUGUUGUUGUUGUUGUUGUUGUUGUUUUACAUAGCAAAUUAAGAAAGAAACAUGAGUUACUACAAUCAACAACAAGCACCUCCUCCUUCAUAUCCUCCUCCUGGACAGGCUUAUCCAGCACCAACGGAGGGGUACCCUACAUACGUUGCACCUCCUCCAGCAGGCUAUCCGACCAAAGACGAGGCCACUUACUCUCAAAACGCUCCCGCACAGACUCAGAGCCGUGGCGAUGGUGGUUUUUGGGAAGGAUGUUGUGCAGCCCUAUGUUGCUGCUGUCUCCUUGAUAUGUGCACCUGAUCAUACCCUGCUGGAUAAAGGAGGCCUCACAUUGUAUAAUUUACAUAUUUUAUUUGAACUUUCUCAUGCAUGGUUAGUGUUGUUUUAGGCUGUUAAUGUGUGAGGUUGGUCUGUAUUAAUAUUGA